AAUGAAGGUCUUACAGGUGUGCAUCGACAUGAGGGAGAGUAAUUAAUGACAUAAUUUCAUUUUUGGGUGAACUAACCCUUUAACGAUGAUCCAAACAAAUGAUCCAGGUGUGAAAACGCAAGGAUUCGAUUUAGAUUUAGAUAUAGUUAAAAAUCGGGCAGUUGACAACAGCAAUAAUUUGUAAAAAAAAAAAAAAAAAAAAAAAAAAAACAUGAAAAUGUUUAUGUAGUUAAAACUGGCAAAAUCGGGCAUUUUCAGAAACGAGCUUCUUUUUUUUACAUUCUGCGGUUUAUAUUUGAUCUCGAUGCGAUUAUAAACGCGUCUGAAUCUGAACAGAAAGAUUCGAACCUGUGACGCCAGUUGAAUCUUACGCCCCCUCCUCCCUCUCUCCCUCUCUCUCUCUCUCUCUCAGUCCGUCUCUGGUUCAUUAGAGAUCAUGUCAGGAUGGGAGGAUGAAGAUGAUGAUGGCUCUCUGGGUUUCUCUCAGCGUCUCUUCUUCAUCAUCACUGAAGACUGAAAGAGGAUGAAGAACGAAUGAAUGAAUGAACGCGCUGUCUGGCUCAGAACCUUCCAGAAGUCCAGAUGGAGCAGGAUGUCGAGAGCACGGUCACGGUCCGACAGCCCAAGCAGCCGCGGGACUACGUCCCCAAACCGCUGCAGGACAGGGAGCGCGCCAAGCAGAAGAUCCAGCGCUACGUCCGCAAAGACGGCAAGUGCAACGUGCACCACGGAAACGUGCGGGAGACCUACCGUUACCUGACGGACAUCUUCACCACGCUGGUGGACCUCAAGUGGAGGUUCAACCUGUUCAUCUUCGUUCUGGUUUACACCGUGACGUGGCUGUUCUUCGGCUUCAUGUGGUGGCUGAUCGCGUACGUGCGAGGAGAUCUGGAGCACAUAGGAGACAGCCAGUGGACUCCUUGCGUCAAUAACCUCAACGGCUUUGUCUCCGCGUUCUUGUUCUCCAUAGAGACGGAGACCACCAUCGGCUACGGCUACAGGGUGAUCACCGACAAGUGCCCCGAGGGCAUCGUGCUGCUGCUGGUGCAGUCGGUGCUGGGCUCCAUCGUCAACGCCUUCAUGGUGGGCUGCAUGUUCGUGAAGAUCUCGCAGCCCAAGAAGCGCGCAGAGACUCUGGUGUUCUCCACCAACGCCGUCAUCUCCGUGCGCGAUGGCCGGCUCUGUCUGAUGUUCCGCGUGGGAGACCUGAGGAACUCGCACAUCGUGGAGGCGUCCAUUAGAGCCAAACUGAUCAAGUCCAAACAGACCAAGGAGGGAGAGUUCAUCCCUCUCAAUCAGACGGACAUGAACGUGGGCUACGACACUGGAGACGACCGGCUCUUCCUGGUGUCUCCGCUCAUCAUCUGCCAUGAGAUCAAUCAGCACAGCCCCUUCUGGGAGAUCUCCAAAGAGCACCUGGCCCACGAGGAGCUGGAGAUCGUGGUGAUCCUGGAGGGCAUGGUGGAGGCCACAGGAAUGACGUGUCAGGCGCGCAGCUCGUACGUGGCCAGCGAGAUCAAGUGGGGCUACCGCUUCACGCCCGUCCUGACGCUGGAGGACGGCUUCUACGAGGUCGACUACAACAGCUUCCACGAGAUCUACGAGACCAACACCCCCAGCUGCAGCGCGCGAGAGCUGGCGGAGAUGGCGGCGCGCUCCCGUCUGCCGCUCAGCUGGUCGGUGGCCAGUAAACUGAGUCAGCUGGACUCGCAGGAGGAGAAGAGCGGCGGCGCCGAGAGGAACGGAGACGUGGCCAACAUGGAGAACGAGUCGAAAGUGUAGGAGGACACGGGAAUCUCUCCUCGCCUCUGCGCCGCCGGACGUUUGGCUGAGGUCAGAGGUCAGAGGUCAGCUCAGGAACGCGCCCCGAGGCGGGCCGAGGACACGGACCCACCAUCUCACGCGCUUCUCUCUCUUUCUCGCCCCGCGGGACAGGCGAACUCGCGCGGGCGACUGCAUGGUUCCCGAAACCUUUUUUUCUUAAUGAUAAGAAAUGAUAUUUUCAGAUUUGUAAUUCAAAGAUUAAAACCUAUAUAUGUAUAUGAAUAUAUAUAGAUCUAUUCUAGGGCAUUUGCAUUUGUAUCUUUUGUAUAUAUCUGUUUGGUUGGAGAUGUGCGGUUGUUUGAUACGACACGUCUGCCUUCCGGAGGAGCGACGGACAUAUUUAUCCACGCAUGUGCGAACCGAUCCCUGGCUCUGAUGUACAUAGUUUGUAGGGAAUAACAGCGGGAGAUCUCCGUACCGGAUGCAAACGGGAAAGGUGAUGACGGUGCGGUCGCGUUGCAUGGGAUUGUGGGGCUGAUGAUGAUGAUGAUGAUGAUGAUGAAGUGUGUGUGUGCGUGCGAGUGUGUAAUCGUGCAUGUCUGCUCCGAUAACCUUCCGUACCGUCGUCAGGCCAUGAUCUUUCUCUCCCUUUGCUCUUCCUUUAAUUCAUACUCAUAACUGGAUUUGAACUUCAAACGGACCUGAUGCUGCAGAGCGCCUCCGAUCGCACCCGUUUCUGUUUCUGCUGGUUUGGUGGAACAGAAGCGGCAGACGUGAGUUUGACCACGAGAGGCAUCAGCGUUCACUCGCACACGAGACCAAAGAGCCGAACCCUCACGCCACCUUCACGACGCCUCACGACGAUCGCUUACGGCGCGCGACCGUGUCCCAGAUUCUUUUGACGAAAACGAAGAAACAAACCUAAACAUUGGUGACGACUGCUGUUAAAUGAUCAAAGACAAGUGCCAAUGCCAGAGAUAUUCAGUGUCUAGAUGUACCUGUCGCUCCUGCAGUGUUCUGACUAGGAAAUGACAUCAGCGAGAACAGUAUAACGUAUGGCUGCCGUUAGACGCAAAACAAACAAAGAAACUGAACAGGAGUUUGAAUGUUGAGAGCGGCAGAGCGAUGCAGUGAUGAAUCUCUGUUUUGACUCGCACAAACUGAAUUAAAAAUGCAAAAUCAGCAUUUUUAUUUUCUAAAUGAUCACGUGACAGCAUUGGAGUGAUGGACAUACAGGUGUGAUCACAGCCGGUUCAACAGUCCCGUCGAAUCAAACGCUCCGUGUCGCUCUGAACGUUCAUCUGUGGACCAGAAACUCAAUCACACACAAGCCCGUUUCUGACAAACAAGUCAUUUGUAAAUCAUAAUUAUAAUGAUGACAUAAAAAGUAGAAAUUAUGACACAAAAAAUAUUCAAUUAUGAUUUGAAAAGUAAUAAUUGACAAAAAAUAGGAAUUAUGACAUACACCAAGUCAUAGACAUUAAAAGUCGAAACUGACAUACAAAAUCGACAACAUAUUGAAGUCAGUUAUGACAGUCAUAAUUAACUCUUUCCCCACCAGAAGUUUUUUAAAAAGUUGCCAACAUUUUUGAUUAUUUUCACAAAACUUUCAUGGCCUCAGAAUAUUUUGUUGUAUGAAUAUCUGAACAUGCAAUAUAUCAAAAGAAAGAAUCAAUCAAAAAUCUAAAUUUUAUUUAUAUAGUACAAUAAGUAGAAAAACAGUAGUUGUGCUGUACAAGAGGAUAAAUAUCUAAAAAACAAGAAAGACAGCAAAGCAAUAAUAAAGGGAGUUUAGAAACACUAAUCAGAAAUAAAUCUUUAAAAAUCAACGUAAAAAAAAUAAAUCAAAUCUGAAAGAACAGAGCCUCUGCUUUUACACAUUGGAUUCUAGCUUCAUUCUCUCUUUAUCAGCACUUGAAUAUGGGUAAGUUUAAAAAAAAAAAGCAAUAUUUUGAACAAAAAGCUGAGAAAAUGGUGUUUUGUCAAAGUCUUCAUCCGGGUGUGAUUCGCAACGAUGAUCAAAACACAGACGGAGUAGAUACAGUCCAUCAACACCUCAAAGCUUCACAGUCCUGAAGCUCGUUCUCGUUUCACUCAGUUCACUAAAGUUAGGCGGUUUUGAUUUAUAUAAUGUUUGAUGAUCAUAUUUUACAUGUGCAUCGGCAAUGCUUCCUUCACUUGUUUCUGCUGCUUCUUUGCCUGUGUUUUGAUCCGGAGAUUCUGUAGCGCCCCCUACUGUAUAACAGGGAAAACAACGAUUGCCUGAUAAUUCUGUCAAUGGUGGGGAAAGAGUUAAGACUAUAUCUUAACUUGGACUUUUUAAUCUCAUGAUAAUUAUUUUGACUUUUUAUCAUAAAUAUAACUUAGUAUGUAGACUUUUUAUUCUAAUCAUAAUUAUGAUUUAUGGAAGCUGAUGUGUCAGAAAUGGGUUCGAUGACCAGCGUCAGUCGUGAGUGAGUUUCAGAGCUUUCAGACGACUAGCUCUCAGAGAUAAUCUUCAGUAAAGACCGGAUCAUUUCAGCGCUCGUACGUUUGAUGAAGUGCCCUUUAAAGCCCUGCUGAUAUGAAGCCAUUCAAACUCGUCUCACUCAUAUCAGAUUCCAUUUCUGUUGAGUUCCAUCACUCGGGAAAUAUGAAAUCAGGAAUAUGAACGUGAACAUUUAAUGUCUUCAGAUCCUCCUCUAAAGCUUAUUUCACAAGCCAUAUUAUGGUACAUUAUAGACAGUGUUUAUACAGAUUUAGCGCGCAUACGACAGGCGAUUCAUUCUGAUUUUCUUGUUGAUUUAGAUAAUUACUCUGUGUCACAAGAAGCUCAUAAAUAAACCAUAUCUAAAUAUUCA